AUGGAGGCGCGGCUGCCCUAUGAGGCGUCGCUGGCGUCGUCGUCUCCCUCAGUCUCCUCGGAGGCAUCUGAGGCAGGCGACAGGCCCGCCCUUCCGCCCUUUUACAUCUUUUCUUUUCUCUCGCCCUUCUCGCCUCCGGUCUUGCUGCCUUCACUCACUUCGCCGCUGGAGCCCAGCCACGUGCUCGCGGGAAAGGAAAUCAUCGACUGGAGCACCUGUCCCAUCUGUCUGCAGGUACUCUGUCGUCCAGUCUGGGGACCCUGCCAGCAUGUGGCCUGUGGAGGCUGCUUCGUCGGCACGCUGCAGCGGCGGCAGAAAUGCCCCGUGUGCAAUAGCGCGAUGAAGGCGAGCGACCUUGAGUGUAUGCGCCCGCUCGCCCUGAGCGGCGCGGAGGCGGCCUCGCCGGAGGACUCUGCGUCGCCCUCGCUCUCUCCUUGCGCGUCUCCGUCCUCGUGGACUUCGCAGUCGCGGGCGAGCUCGGUGGCGGGAAGCGCCGCCGACGACGCGCACGCGCCUUCUGCGUCGGUCCCCAGCCCAGCGACAACCGCGGCAGUGGCUGUAUCCGCGGCGGCUGCGGCGACGGCGACCGCGAUGCUCGCUGGAAGCUCGGACGCGGUACUCAAUGCCCUCGCCGACGUGAAGGACGGCGCGGCGGCCGCGCUCAGCGGCGUUUUGGCUGAGGAGGAGGGCGACCGCGAGAGGCACGCCUCGGCGCGCGAGGACGGGCGCCCAGGCGCGUCGAAGUUUUUGCGGAGGAUGGCGAGAGGGUGCGGCGACGAGGCAGACGAACGCGCCACGCUGUGGCGCAUUCAAAAGUGCCUGCGAGAGGAAAGGAAGCGAAGUACGUCGCGGCAGCCGCCGCGCGAGAUGCCGUGCGACGACUACGCCGAGGCAGCGGAAGAAGCGAAGGGCGCAUGCGCCGCCGGCGAGAGGAGGCGCACGGAGCCGGACCAUAUUCUGAAAAUCUGUGAUGCGUACUACCAGCGCGUCAUCGCGUCGCAAACCCAGUCAGCCGCGCCCGCAGCCUCGACUUCGUCGUUCGCUUCUUCUGCUCUCGGCGCUUCGUUCGCGUCCGCUAUCAGCGUCACCUCGACGCUAUACUGGAGGCUAAUCCUGCGCUGCGAGCUAUGCGGCGAAGUCCUGCCCAUGCACAAGUACGACGCCCACCGCCGCUCCUCCUGUUCCUUCUGCCGCUGCCGGUUUGCGCCUUUCGGCUGCAACUUUGUCGCGAAGGUGAGGCGCCCCGCGCUGCCGUCGUCCUCUUCCGCUUCCUCGUUCUCCUCUCCUCCGCGUUCGUCGUCUUCGUUCCUCCUGUCUUCCUCCGCGCGCUCCGCGUCCUUCUCCUCCGCUGCGUCGCCGCGCUCUUCUUCGGCGUCGGCGUCUCAGCCCGGCGCAGGGGUCAGCGGUGAGGCGGCGAGCGGCGAGGCCUCGGAGCUGGACUUGCGCGUCCACGAACGCAGCUGUCCGCACCGCUUGAUCAAGUGCCCCUGCUGCUUCAAAUACUGCACUGAGUGCAGCAGCUCCGUCCUCGUGCCGCUCGCUGAGUACCGCGCGAAAGGUACCCCACCGCCCCGCACCGCGCCCGCCGCGCCCGCAGAGAGGCGAGAGGACGGCGAGUUCGAGUCUGCACCGGUGGAGGCGUCUGAGGAGGGCGAAGGCGGCGCGCGAGCAGGCGAAGGAGGCGCCGCGAGAGGGGCGGAGGGUCUGCGGUCGGAGGCGCCGCGGCCGUCGUCGGCGCGGGCACUUCCGGAGCCUCCUUCACGGGCGCUGCAGGCGCGUGGGCGCCGAACCUCGCCGCGCCCCCGGUCGCUCAACACCUCGCUCGCGCUGGGCGGCCCCCAGCGUCCAGAGAUCCUCCAUCGGCUGCUCCUUCAGCAGCAAGACCUCCCACGCGCCCCGAGAGAGGAAGACAGGAUGUGGUUUACUCUCCAACGCGAAUCGUCCUUCUUCGCGACCAGCGAAGAUGAAGAAGUCGAGCUCUCCGACGCCGUGGGACGCGCGGUGUUCGGCGACCUCCAGCAAGCCCUGGACUACCUACUCGACAGAGAGGAGGAGAUCGAGAACCGCAUAGAGCGCUUAGGCGUCGAGCCAAGGGUCUUCACGCAUGGAGAAAAUGGUCAACUCCUCGUGUGUUCUGCGGACUGCAUUGUGAAGGAGCCUCAGCGGCUGCGGGUCGAGCUCCAUGAGGCUCUCGCCCUCUUAGGCGUCACCUGGGCCGUCGGGUUCCCUCUCGCGUUUCUGCUGGGCGCGGCGUCCUCCUUUUGGAGCCAAAAAGCGGCGACUUUUCUCGACAUCGCGGUGCCGUAUCUGUUCUCCAUCGUCUCGGGUUGGCUAAUGGGGUUUCUGCAGCGACGCCCCAUCGUCGAUUUGUCUCUGCAGCAUGAAUGA